AGAAAACACUUAGUGCAGAUGACCGUGGAUUAGUGAGCGCGCGCGCGUGAGGAAUCCACUUCAGACUCAUUAGCUGUCAUCACAAAAUCCCAAUGUCUGGAAAUGAAGAGCGCACGUUUAUUGUCAUCAAGCCUGACGGAGUGCAGAGGGGGCUCAUCGGAGACAUCAUCAAGCGUUUCGAACAGAAGGGCUUCAAGUUAGUAGCUAUGAAGUUGAUCCAGGCUGAUGAGGAUCUCCUGAGACAGCACUACUGUGACCUGAAGGAUCAGCCUUUCUUCCCUGGGCUUGUUAGGUUUAUGUCUUCUGGCCCUGUGGUUGCUAUGGUGUGGGAGGGUUUUAAUGUUAUAAAAACGGGCAGAGUAAUGCUCGGCGAGACUAAUCCCAUCGACUCCAAACCUGGGACUAUCAGAGGUGACUUUUGCAUUCAGGUUGUCCGGAACAUCAUUCACGGCAGUGAUUCUGUCGAAAGUGCCAACACCGAGAUCAACCUGUGGUUCAAACCAGAGGAGAUCUGGGACUACACCAAAUGUCAGGACAGCUGGCUCAAAGGCUGAACACUUCAUUUUCUGCACUUUUCUCCCUCUCUGGCACUUCUGAUUUAGUCAUUCCUUUUUCAUGUUUCCCCACUGUAUCUGGUGUUUGGCUUUACAAUAAAACCAAAAAUAAUUAU